AUGAACAAGGAAAGAGCUGCUAAUAAUUUUGUUUGUAAAUCUGACCUGACCAUCUCUUUUUCUUUCCUUCCUUUUAAUUCUUCAUUUGAGAUGUUGCCUUUUUGCUCCAUUAUUUCUCUUUUUAUGUACUUCUUUACAAAUUUUCCUCUCUUUCAACUGAUUUUCUUUCUUUCAACUAUUUUUCCCUCCUUUUUCCUUUUUUUUUUGGUAUCUCUUCAGCUUCCCAUUUCUCUGCCUAUUUUAAUCUUCUCUUCUUCCUUUCAUUUUCCCCUUUCAAUUAACCAUCACGCAUUCAGCUUUUCCUCUCAAUACGCACUCUCUUUAAAUCUCUUUUAUUUUUCUUUCUUCCAAUCCAUCUCUUUCUCUCUCCUUUAUUUCUCUUUCCUUAACUUUCUCUCUCAUUCUCCUUUUCCCUCCUUCUCUCUCUCAUGCAACCUCGAUUUCUUCCCCCUCUGUCAGACUCUCUUUAAAUUACUUUGUUUUCUUUCACACUCUUUUACACCUCCCUCUUUCUUCUCUCCCUUCUCUUUUCUAACCUUUUCUCCACGGAUAAACCCCUUAACUGAAAUUCUCCAACUCUUCUUUCUUUUUCUGGAUUUCUCUCUCUUCCUAAUUCAUUUCUUGAUCAAAUGCAUUCAUGCACUUACUCCUCUUCCUUCUUCUUCUCUCCGAACUAACCCCUCUCUCAUUUAUUCUCUCCUCCUCCUCUCAUAG